AUGAGUUCUGUCCCAGAGUGGGUGUUGUUGUCCCUGAUUGCUGCCCUGAUCGCUCUUCUAUUACUUACACUCUUUGGAGUGGCAGUAUACUCAGGACUACUAACAGAAGUAGAGGUACGAGCGGGUCCCCCACCCAUCCGUGGGGUGGUUGUGGCAUACAAAUUCCGUGUUGGACCAUAUGACGAGAGUGGGAACUUGUACACGGAGAAUGUCAGCCUUGCACCAAAGCUCGUCUCCAUUGGGGUUUACUACGACAAUCCAAUGAAGGUGAGAAUAAAACCAGUGAAAUCUUUUUGAAGGCUGUUUUAUAGUCUGUUUAUGUUUACUAGUAAGUUUGUCGUAUUUAACUGAAUAAUGCAUAUGCAGGAUUUUGGACUCAAGGUAAAUUUCAAAAUGUAGGACAAAAUAGGUGAACUGAAAUCAUAUCCGCUGAUUUAUGUAACUUUUAUAUUUUGGCCUAAAAUUUUACAUUCUCUUUAAAUUCCUAACAAUUUGUAAUUAAUUGAAUAGUGUUCAGCAUGUUGAUAUCUCCACUACAUGCUUUGAGUAUUCGAUUUCAAAGGAAAUGUAGAAUAUUCGGGGUUGACCGUGUUCUAAUUUGAGAAGCACAUGAUGAAAAAAAUAUACAAGCUUAUCUACGCCACCACGUCGAUGAUGAUGAUAAUAAUGGCAGUUUAUAAUUCUCCUUCUGACCGUUACCUGUUCGGAUCAUUUUAAAAUAAUGUCACUAAUUAAUGCAACUCUGAUUAAGGUAUUUAAUUUGCACAACUUGGCAUUUGACAGACAUAACAUUUCCAGUCCAAACAUGACAACUAAAUUUGGGCCAAAAAGGCACUUAACUCUGAAACGUGUAGCAUAGCUUUCUUUACUACCUAUGUAGUUCUGCACACUUUUAGGAUAAUCUUGUCCAUUGGGGUUUGUGACCCAAGUAUGAUCUAGGCAUUGAUGGAUGUGGCUUCUAGCACCAUACGAGGGAACAGAUGCCUUGCAUCCACUAUUAUGUUUCCCAGCAGUUUCACUAGAACAAUCUAUAAUUUAACUUUUACCACUUUAAAUGAAGCAAUUUGUAAUGGUUAUAUGAAUAAUUAAGUGUACUCAACUAAAUUUAUAUUAAAAUACUACAAGGGUACUAACUUCUUUAAAAGUUUUCUCUAAUUAUUUUACUUCCAACUUGCUUUAUAUCCCAGCAUUAUCAUAAACUGUGUUCUAAGUAUCAAAGGGGUGGGGGUGAUGUGUUGAGGGCAUUGAGGAGAGCAAGGGACAGGUAAAUAUAGCUGCAAAUACUCCAGGGAAAGAGACUUGCUUAUAGCAGCAGAUGUGCCCUUGAGGGCAGGUAAAAUAUCUCAUUGGGUUAAGUACUUUCGUAAUAGAACCCAGGUGUAUCAGAAAAUGAGUGCAGCUUCUUACUUGUAAUGUUAAGAGCAACUAACAAAUUAUUGCUAUACGAAAGCUGCAGCUCUGUAUAGAUGGAUAGGCCUUUCUAAAACCAGAAGUUAUACCCGCUGACCACUUAAUUUGGGGGGUAUUUUUUUCAUAAAUUUUUCUUAAGAGCCUCUGUGAUCAUUUUGGUAAUGUCCAUCACUAGUCUGGUAUAUCUGUUUACACUUCUCUGAAUUCCAAGGCUCACUGAGACUAUUUAUAUAUAAACAGGUAGUAAAGUGUACAUGUAUGCAUUGUGUGUUUAUUUACACAUCUGCCCAGUGUUGCCCAUAAUACUCCAUUAAAAGCAUGACCUCAAGAACACAGAAGGUUCUGUUGGGAAUCAAUAAGCCACCAUUUCCAGAUUUUGAACAAGAGCUUAUGGAUUUACUUGUUGUACUUUUGUAUACAACACACAGAAUCUAACUGAUACACAAGUUUUGUGUUGAGACUCUAUUAAUUCAGUGAAAAAUUGAAGCCGAUGGGGCACUGUGGGUAAAAGGUUGAGUUAACCAGAUCUAUAAGAUAAAGGUACAUGUAUGUAACAUUCCUUGCAUUGAUGGGUUAUUAAAGGGACACUCUAGUCACUAGAACCACUUUUAGGGCAAAUAGCAGUGUAAACAGGGCAGGCGCCUCCAUUAAGCGGCACAGACAGCCGUCUUAGGGCGAAAGAGCAGAGGGGUGCAAAAAUUAGAAUCCCCUUCCUCUGGCUCAGGACUUGGAUUCUUCUAAUUACCUGUCUCCCUGCAGCCAUAACAUGGCAGCAAUUAAAGUCGGCCGGCCUCUCCUGAUGACAUCAGGAGGAAGGGGCGUGACUUCCUCUGCUCUUCUCCCAGACUCCCCAGCGGAUGGGAGAAGAGCAGUGGAAGUCACUCCCCCUCCUCCUGACAUCAUCAGGAGAGACCGGCUGUGUUUUCUGAUGCAGGCUCCAGCUCAUCUCACUUGGCCCAAGUUAAGCCUCAGGGGGGAGUGGCUGAGGGAAUGAGACACACUGGGGAAAUGGCAUGGGGAAUGAGACACACGUCGGGAAAUGGCAUGGGGAAUGAGACACACGGUGGGAAAUGGCAUGGGGAAUGAGACACACGGUGGGAAAUGGCAUGGGGAAUGAGACACACGGUGGGAAAUGGCAUGGGGAAUGAGACAUACGGGGGAGUGGCGGGGGGAAUGAGACACGCGGGAGUGGCGGGGGGAAUGAGACACGCCGGGAGGGGGGAAUGAGACACGCGGGAGGGAUGGGGAAUGAGACACACCGGGAUGGGGGAAUGAGACACACGGGGAGGAAUGACACACGGGGAGGGGGGGAACGACACGCCGGGGAGGCGGGGAAUGAGACACACCGGGAGGGCGGGGAAUGAGACACACACCGGGAGUGGGGGGGGGAAUGAGACACACGGGGAGUGGAGGGGAAUGAGACACAUAGGGGAUGGAAGGGGGAAUGAGACACACAGGGACAGGGGAUGGAAGGGGAAUGAGACACGGGAAUGAGACACACACUGGGGAUCGGCAGGGGGAAUGAGACACACAGGGGAUGUGGAAGGGGAAUGAGACACACCGGGGAUCGCAGGGGAAUGAGACACACGGGGAUGGCAGGGAAUGAGACACAGGAUCGGCAGGAAAUGAGACACACAGGGGAUGUGGAAGGGGAAUGAGACACACGGGAAUGAGACACACGGGAAUGUGGCAGGGGAAUGAGACACACGGGAAUGGCAGGGAAUGAGACACGGGGAUGUGGCAGGGGAAUGAGACACACGGGGAUGGCAGGGGGAAUGAGACACCGGGAUGUGGCAGGGGAAUGAGACACGGGGAGCUGGUGGCAUGAGACACGGGGCAGCUGAUUGAGACACAAGGGGGGUUUGGGGGAAUGAGACACAUGGGGGUGUGCUAAGGAAUUGAGACAAAUGGGGGUGCUGGGGGAAUGAGACACACGGGAGGUGCUGGAGGAAUGAGACACACGGGAGGUGCUGGAGGAAUGAGACACAUGGGAGGUGCUGGGGGAAUGAGACACACGGGGGUGCUGGGGAAAUAAGACACAAUGGGGGUGUUGGGGGAAGAAGACACAACGGGGGUGGUGCUGGUGGAAUGAGACACAAUGGGGGUGUGCUGAAGGAAUGUGAUAAAUAAGGGGGUGCUAGGGGAAUGAGACACAUGGGGGAGUGGCUGGGUGAAUGAGACACACAGGGGGAGGGCUGGGGUAAUGAGACAAAUGGAGGGAAUGAGGCACAUGGAGGUCUGGUGGAAUGAGACAUACGGACUAGUGCUGGGGGAAUGGGACACAUGGGGGGAGUGGCUGGGUGAAUGAGACACACAGGGGGAGUGGCUGGGGUAAUGAGACAAAUGGAGGAAAUGAGGCACAUGGAGGUCUGGUGGAAUGAGACAUACGGACUAGUGCUGGGGGAAUGGGACACACGGGGAGGGCUAGGGAAAUGAGACACACAAGGGAGUGUCGGGGGAAUGAGACACAGUGGGGGAGCUGGGAGAAUGACACACGGGGCUGGCUGAUUGAGACACAUGGGGAUGCUGGGGGAAUGAGACAUACGGAGGAGUGUUGGGGGAAUGAGACACACGGGGGAGUGCUGGGGAAAUGAGACACACAAGGGAGUGUUGGGGGAAAAAGGCACAGUGGGGGAGCUGGGAGAAUGACACACGGGGCUGGCUGAGACACAUGGGAGAUGCAUGGGAGAUGCUGGGGGAAUGAGACACAUGGGGGUGGUGCUUGGGGAAUGAAUCCCAAGGGAAGGGGGCUGGGGGAAUGAGCCCCGAGGGGAAGGAGGGCUGGGGAAUGAGUCCCGGGGGGAAGGGGGGGAAAUGAGACAAAUGGAGGGGCUUGGGGCUAAUGAGUCCCGGGGGUAAGGGGGGAUGAGUCCCAGGGGGAGGGGAGACGGCUGAGGGAAUGAGUCCCGAGGGGGGUGGCUGGGGGAAUGAGACACAUGCGGGUGUGCUGAGGGAAUGGGGGGUUGUGGGAAUGAGACACACGAGGGAGCGCAGGGGGAAUAAGACAUUGUGGUGGCUGGGGGAAUGAGAGAAUGAGGGAAUGAGACAAAUGACGGGGGCUUGGGGGGAAUGAGGCACAUGGGGAACUGGGGGAAUGAGACACAUGGGGGAAAUGAGAUACAUGGAGACAUAGAUGGGCUGGGGGGAAGAGACUCGCAAAUGAGGGGGGCUCACAUACACCCAGAGUGGGGGAGACACAAAGGGGCUGGGGAAGGGGCAAAAGAGACAGAGGCUUUACCCAAAAAACCCAUUAAAUUUUAAUUGUCAACUAAAACUAGACUAAAACUAAAACAAUUCAGAUAACUAAAAUAGUCAAAAGACUAUGACUAAACUAAAUUGAAAUUUGCUGUCAAAUAGAAGUGUUCAUGGUGGUAGGAGUCUAUAUGUGCAGCGUUUCAGCUUGAAAUGUGGAAAAAUCUGCAUUUGUCUCUCCUCCUUCCUUCACUGAAGCCCUCUACGAGCCACCUCCCUAUUCCUUCAUAUAUAAGAGUGGGACAUUUACUUGAUAGCCACGCCCCAAAACGAAAGUGGACUGUGAGCGUCAGACGGAUAUCUACCAGGAUCCACAGACAGACACACAGUCAUAUCAGUUGCCAUGAUGUCAUAAAAGGGGCGGGGCCACAUCGACUAACACAGAACAUGCCAAAUUUGUUUGGAAUCUAGGAGCCAGCUAAAAAGGUUAGUAGCCAGUCAUUUUCAACAAGAAAAAUUCAAUUCUUAAAGGGACACUAUAGUCACCAGAACCACUACAGCUUGAUGUAGUUGUCCUGGUGUCUUAAGCCUGUCCCUACAGGCUUUUCAGAGUAAACACUGCCUUUUCAGCGAAAAUGCAGUGUCUACAUUGCUGCUUAGUACCACCUCUAGUGACUGUCACUCAGACGGCCACUAGAGUGUCUUGGGUCACUGCUGCACUAUGUGCAGCACCCUUGUUCAGGGUCUCCAAACUCUGCAUGGAGGUGCUGAAUGUUCCCGUAGAGAUUUUUUAAUUCAGUGCAUCUCUAUGAGGAGAUGCGGAGUGGCUCAUUUGCUGCGCAUGCACAAAAUCCUCCCAAUUCUUUCCUAAGGUAAAGCAUUGGCAUAGCUGAGAUCAUAAAGAUUAAUAAUCUCAGCCAUGGAGGUUGGACCAGCCGCGGCGAAACUGGCACGGCGAGGGAAAAUGGGGAAAAAAGGUGAGUAAAACACCUUCCUAAUGUGAUUGGAGGGGGCAGGUGCCUAGACGCACACACAAGCACUCUGACAGGCUCACGUACACACUCACACUGACAGGCUCACGCACUCUGACAGGCUCAUACUACCUUUGAGAGAGCUGAGUGGAUUUUUCCCUGGAGUCCAGUGGGGCUGCUCUCUUCCUGUGUGCAAGAGAGCAGUACUCUGCCUGCAGCUCCAAUCUGCUCCCAGCACGCCCUCUGUAAUGAUGCCAGGGCCGGCUCCUGGCAUCAUUAAACAGUGCGAGGGAGCAGAUUGGAGCUUCAGGCAGAGUACUGCUCCCUUGCGCGCCGCCUACAUGUUGGUGCCUCAAUGCUGCUCACAGUUCCAAUAUUCCGCGCAGAGCUGGCAAAUCCUUGACGUCAGGGUGAAAUUUCUAGUAGCCAUUGUGACCUGACGUCUGGGAUUUGUCGAGCCCUGACCUAACAUCAGGAACAGUGGCAAAGGUGUCUGAGGGUGUUUACAGAUGCAGAGCAUUUGAACGCAGGGGUGUCGAUUAAGGCACGUUUCAUUAGAUUACAUCCUCUCCCAACCCACCCAAAGAAUCGCCAAUUGGGUGAGUCUUUCUAGGUUUAGAAGGGAACCUACUAUGAAGUUUCUUGACUAGCAGGCGGACAAGAACAUAACUGGAAUUAGUUAAAAAAAUCUUUCUUCUGAGUCGUGUCCUUUUCCAGUGGACCAUAUAUUGUAGCCUGCCUCUAGAGAUAUGGGAGUCAAUUUCUUGGGCUUCAUAUUCCUCAUGAUUGUCAACUAAAAUAAGAGCAGGGACAGGAGGAUAGGAAAAUCUGUUAUAGAUCCGGGAAAUAUGGAAGGUAUUAGAGAUAUGAAGGCUCUUAGGUAGGGCCAACGUGUAAGCUACUGGAUUUAUUUGAUGUAUAAUACGAUAUGGUCUGAUCUGAUUCUGAGUGGACAGCCAGACUCUGUCCACAAGCUGGAACGAGGGUGCAGCCUUGCACUAGCAGUAAGCUUGUCUCUUUUAGCGCAGUACUAAUCGAUUCAGGAUGUCCCUAACUUAUGCCCAUAGGGACAUUAGAUUAGCCAGGUGAUUGUAUAGAGCAGGUAUUUCAUAUACUGAAUCUCCUGCAUCCCCAUUCGUUUUGUAACGAUACGCAGAGGAAAGCGAGAGCUAGAUUCACAUCUCUUUACAAAAUUUUGUCCAAAACCAGGAGAUGUCUACUACUUUAGCAAACACUUUGGCACGUUCAGCAGGUAAUGGUAACUCAGAAAGGUGAGCAAAAUUUGUUAACAAUAACAAGGAUGAUCGUGAAACCUUGAGACGAAAGCAAGUUUUGGGGGGUAGGGGCAAGGGAAGGGAAUAGAGGGACACUAUAAUGUUAGAAUACAGCUUUGGAAUACUCCAGUUAAGUCCAGUAAUACACCUAACUAAAAAAAAAAAAAAUUCUGGUAAUUACUACCUAUUAUUUAAUAUCUCUUUCUACUAUUGUACUUUAGUUUAUUAUUUAGUUUUUCCUCCCACUCCCUCUAUCCCUCCCUCUUAUAUACUCCAAUAGCAUUGGUGAGUUGGUUAUUCUGUCUGUCUUCUCGGAGCAGUCAGUUAAUACUAUACCAUAUCAUUGAGCUAUGGGUAGUUUAUCCGAGGAAUGUCUUUUUAAUGUAUAUUAAAUAAAGUAUUUUUCUAGAUUUUCUAUUUAGGGACAGUUUUUCUCCGUCUUUUUCCUUUUUACACCUAACUAUCUCAUCUCACUUUGCCUUUGCUAGGACUGUUGUUUUGCUGAGGAUUCUAACUACCAUGACAGGUCGUUCCUGCAAAUAUUGCAUGACUAACAUUCAAUGUCUCCACACUCUACAUGGAGACACUAAAUGCUCCCUUUAGAGAUGGAUUGAUUCAAUACAUCUCAAUGAGGAAUUGCUGAUUGGCACAGGGUGGGAAUUUGCCGUGCAUGCUCACUAACUUUCUUAUGCUUCUCCAAAGAGAAUUGGAUUGUCUGAGCUCAUCAGGAUUGAUAAUUCCAGCUGUGGAUGCACAAAGACUAGCGAUGGGGGAAAUAAUGUGUUAAAGGGACACUAUAGUGAUCCUUUAAACCUUCUUUUUUUUUUUUUUUUAUAAAGGGGGGAGCUCAGAUAUUUAAAUAGGCAGUAUAAUGCUUGCAUUCCUAACGCUAUAGUGUUUCUUUGAAGUGGCACUGUGAUGGAAAAUUGUCUAAACAUCAUCAUAAAAAGCCUUAAAACCUGGUUAUUCCUUGUAGUGAUUAUUCUUAAAGGGACACUCUAAGCAUCACUGCAACUACAGCUAGUAGUAGUUUGUUGCAAAGAUCCUGUCUCUGCACUCUCUCCUAUGUAAGAAUGAAGAUGUUGCCUAUAGAGAUACAUUGCUAUAAUGUAUUUCUGUAAGGAGAUACUGAUGGGGCAGCACAACAGUUGCCAUACAUACGCAAUAGGCCAUCAGUGCUUCCUUAUGGAGACGCAUCGGAUUGGCUGAGAUCAUCAAGGGGUGAAGGCAGCGGUAGGACCAGCGAGGGGUUCUUUUUAAGGAGGGUGGUGUAAAUCUAACUAUAAGGGAGGAAAUGUUAACAUUAGAAAUACACGUUCUGUACAUGUACAUGAACAAGUCUGUUCAGCAGGUGUUUAUAAAAAGUAAUUCUAUAUAUACUUUGCUUCUCUAGGACAGUUGAUAUUCUGCAUUAUCAGAGAGAUAAGUAAACUUUUUCUCUGCUCUACUGGGAGCAGGUCUGCAAAUCCCAUGUUCUGCUUGGCUGUUGGGAUUACAUACUUUCUGUAGACUUAUAAUAUCAGUAAUUGCAAAAGAAAGUUGUUGUUUUUUUGUUUGUUUUUUAAAUUGUGAAGCAAUUCCAAGAUGGCCAUGCCCACACAGUGAUAAUUGUGGCAAAAUGUCUUGCAGCUUGGUUAGCUUUAAAUAUAACAUGAAUCUCUAGGGAAUUUGGGGGAAAUUGUAUUUAUUCUAAUGUAUGGAAAACCAAUGUUAACAACAGUGUCCUUUAUAAAUAGAGUUUAAAAAAAAUAUCACAGCCUGUCCUUGUAGUGUAUGCACCUACACCGUUCAAGUUGUUUUAUUUAUUUCAAGUGGUUUUUUUUUGUUCACAGGUCCCUGUGGAGUUCUGUAGGUAUAUGGUGGGCACUAUCCUUUGUGAGGGAGACGAAAAGCCAUUACCUGAUCAUGUCCGAAUAUUCCGUAAACAUGGAUUUAAGUUCUGGGUCUUACCUGAGGUGAACCAUGCUGUUAUGGCCACGUUUCCAUAUACUACUCCCUUCUCAAUACAACUGGCAACCACCCGAGUACAUCCUGCCUUGGAGAAAUACGUCAAGGUAAAAGCAAUAUGAAGAGUUUCUUUUAGGGUAUAAAAAGUAAAUAAAAAGGGGGUUAUGAAUAACAUUUUCACAUUCGCUUUCACAUUUGUGUCUGGUGCGCAUUUUCUUAUGUAUAAAAGAGUUACUCUACUGCUUACACAUCAGUGCUUUUCUUUUUCCCUGCCUUUUCUGUAGUACUCCAACGUAAUCCAUCUUUCUUCUACUUUUUAUUCCUGUUGUAUACAGCAAACACAGACUCAAAGGAAUCCGGGUUUAACCCCUUAAGGACCGAGGACGGUUCAGGACCGUCAUCGGCAUUUUCCCAUUGCCGACCACUGACGGUCCUAAACCGUCCUAACGGUCCUAGUUACUUACCUGAUCGCCGUCGUUCCCCCGGCGGCGAUCAGCGUUGCUCCCGGUGUGGGGAGACUGCCCGCAGCCCAGACAGUCUCCCCACACUGGAUUAGGACCCCUGUGGCCAUGUGAUCGCUUAACACAGCGAUCACAUGGUCACAAUAGGUGUCCUAGUGUCUGCCUGCAUGGGGACUGUCUGUGCUGACAGGCAGUCUCCCUGCUAGUGUAAAAUAAAAAAAUAAAUAAAGUUAAUGUUAAUAAAAAAAUAAAAAUAAUUAUAUAUGUGUAUAUAUGAUAUAUAGACAUAUAUUAUAUCUAUAUAAUAUAUGUCUAUAUAUCAUAUAUAUAUAUAUAUAAUGUCAUACUAAGUGUAUUUUUAUAUUAAUAUGUACUUAUAUUAAUAUAAAAUACACUUAUAAUUAAAUUACACACGUAUAUAUAUAAUAUAUAUAAUAACUAUAUAUAUUGUAUAUAUAUAUUAUUAUAAAAUAUAAAUAAUAAGUAAUUUAAAUUAAAUAAAUUUUUUUAAAAUAAUAAUAAAAAUUGAAAAAAAAAUUAUAUCUAUAUGAAAUUUUAUUCUAACUGUAUUUUAACAUUAAUAUAUAUAUAUAUAUAUAUCAAAAUACACUUAGAAUGAAUUUGUAUAUAUAUCUAUGUAUAUAUAAAUAAAUAAAAAUAAUACAAAAUAUACAUAUGUCCAUAUACAAAAUUACAUAAAUAAUUAUAUAAAUAUACACGUAGACUUCAAAUAUAUAAAUAUGCAUAUAUAUUUAAAUUCUACGUGCGUAUUUAUGUAAUAUUUUUACAUAAUUAAGUAAUUUUAUUGAUUGUAAUUUGAGGGACCUGCCUGCCAACCCAGGCCAAAGUCCAGAGAAUUUAAUUUGCUAGCACUGUAUUUUACCCUGUAACGUUCUACGACACCCUAAAACCUGUACAUGGGGGUACUGUUUUACUUGGGAGACUUCGCUGAACACAAAUAUUAGUGAUUCAAAACAGUAAAACAUAUCACAGCGAUGAUAUUGUCAGUGAAAGUGACUUUUUUGCAUUUUUCACACACAAACAGCACUUUUACUGAUGAUAUAAUUGUUGUGAUACGUUUUCCAGUUUUUAAACACUAAUAUUUGUGUUCAGCGAUGUCUCCCGAGUAAAACAGUACCCCCCAUGUACAGGUUUUAUAGCAUUUUUGAAAGUUACAAGGUCAAAUAUAUGGGUCAAAUAUUUUACAUUGAAAAUGGCCAGGUUGGUUACGUUGCCUUUGAGAGCGUAUGGUAGCCCAGGAAUGAGAAUUACCCCAUGAUGGCAUACCAUUUGCAAAAGAAGACAACCCAAGGUAUUGCAAAUGGGGUAUGUCCAGUCUUUUUUAGUAACCACUUGGUCACAAACACUGGCCAAAAUUAGCGCUCAAUUUAGUUUUUUUACUUUUUUCACACACAAACAAAUAUGAAUGCUUACUUUGGCCAGUGUUUUCGACUAAGUGGCUACUAAAAAAGACUGGACAUACCCCAUAUUGAAUACCCUGGGUUGUCUACUUUAAAAAAAAUAUGUACAUGUGGGUGUUAUUCAGAGAUUUAUGACAGAUAAUAGUGUUACAAUGUCACUAUUGAUAAAUUUUAAAAAUGUAUGUUUUGAAACCGCAAUAUCCUACUUGUACCUAUAGCCCAAUAACAUGCAAAAAAAAAGCACGUAAACACUAGGUAUUUUUAAACUCAGGACAAAAUUUGGAAUCUAUUUAGCAGUUUUUUUCAUUCGCUUUUGUAGAUGAGUAAAAGAUUUUUCAAGUAAAAGUCAAAAAACAUGUAUUUUUUUCAAUUUUUCAUCAUAUUUUUUUAUUUAUUUUAAAUUAAAUAGAGAUUAUAUAAAUAAUGGUAUGUAAAGAAAGCCCCUUUUGUCCUGAAAAAAACAAUAUAUAAUUUGUAUGGGAACAGUAAAUAAGGGAGCGGAAAAUUACAGCCAAACACAAACACCACAAAAGUGUAAAAAUAUGCCUGGUCGCAAAUGUACAACAUCGCAAAAACAGUCCAGUCCUUAAGGGGUUAAAAUGGAAUAAGGCAAAAAUUUGAUUCUUUGUUAAACUAUUUUGCAUAUGCCCACCCAGAAUCCUUUGUGGUAGUAACAUCACUGCAGAUUUGUGAUUUCCUUGGGAAAAGCAAGUCUUAUGGCUUGACUGUGCAGAUUUUUCUUUAACAUUGUAUUAACUAUCUAUCUAUCUAUCUAUAUAUAUAUAUAUAUAUAUAUAUAUAUAUAUAUAUAUGUAUGUGUGUGUUUGUGUACUCAUUUCCAUAUGUCCACCCAGAAUCCCUUGCAGUAGUAACAGCACUGCAAACGUGCUGGCGAGUGCAGAUCUGUGUUUAACAAUAUAUUUACUGACUUAAGGUGGAAGGGGUUGUCACUCAGUUUUUUCCCCGCCAUAGCUCUAUUGGUUUGUGCUCCUGAAAGAAAACCUUAUUUUUGUUCUUUAUUUUUGGACAGCCAAUAAAGCAAAUGAUAUACAGGAAAGGCGCUUGACAUACAGAGAUAGUGGUAAAUAAGGUACACAUAACCAUAAGCCUAAGCAUCAUACAAUCUAGAGUAAGUACAUACAUUUAGAAAGUAGUAUUGGAGAUUGUACGAUAAAAUCGCAGUUCGUCAUUCUCAGAAGGUGCUCUUCCGCUAUAUAGGUAUUGUAUGGCCGUCUUUCUCAAAAUAACUUUAAAUCAUCAGAACAAAGGGGGAAAAAACAUAAAAACUGCAAGCACAGCAUCAGUAGUUACUGCGGACCCACCAUUAUUGCAAGCCAUGCCAUCAAACAUAAAUCCUUUCUCCAGGUGCUGGCACAUCUCUGCAAGGCCGUCACAUCAGCUGUUGUCAAGUAUCCCCUAGUCUCCUAAGUCUGUCCCGGGAGUCAACAAUUUUUUCAAAUGAUUGAGUUGGGUUAUGUAUUAUUGCAGUCAGUUUGUCCAUUAGAUAGUUUUCCUUAAUCCUCUGUGUCACCUCUGUCAUGCUAGGUAUCUAUGUUUUAGUCCAUUGUCGCUAUCUCUUGUCUUACUGACAGUGUGAUUCUGUUUGAGUUUGUGGUGUCUAGUUAUCAUCCCAUUCACUGGCCUGGCUAAUAAAAAGGCACAGGGGUGUAACUCGAUAGGUCUUUCAAAUACCCUGGCUAGUAGAUCCCUGAGCGGUUUUGGUUUCUCGCAUACCCAUCACAGGUGGACGUAGGUUCCUUUCUCCUUGCAACUCACAACACAAGUCAGUAGCUCCCCUGCCCAUGCAGUAUAGUUUGGUCUGGGUAGUGCACCAGUGGAUUAUUGUCUUCGCUGCCUGUUCCUGUAGUCCCACACUAAUGGACACCUUACUAGUUGCCUCCCAUAUAUCUUGCCCGUUCUCCUGUACCUCCUCCACCUCUGCCUCCCACUGGUUUGUAUAGGCUAGGUCACCCCAUCCAGUAGAUUUCAAACUUAUGGUUUUUUCUAUUGUGGAUAUUAGUCUGUCCCCCCACCCUCACUCCUCUGCCUUGCAUAAACUCUCCAAGAAGGGCAUGGUUAGCUCCACGGCGUGCUGGCCCUGUGUUUAAGUGCCAAAUCUGUAACUUGAAGAUAGAGAAAGAAAUCCUGCAGGGGUAGAGGACUUACCUGGGACAGUUCCUCAAAUGUGAUAAAAGUGUUGUUCGAGUAGAAAUGUUUAAAUCUUAGAAGCUCUCGAGACCCGCAAAGUCCCUCACUUACAUGCCUGGGGGAAAGGCUCUAUUUCGCAGGAAAGAAGUCAUUGGCGAUGGGUUCUCAACCAGAGCCAUCUUUCCCAUAACUCUGUUUUAGAGGGUCAAAGAGGUCAGAACAGCUGGUCAGUCAGUCCAUAGCAAAAUUCUGUGCUGUUUGUCUAUCCACAUAUAGAAUUGCGGGAUGUUGGAACACUUCAAGCCUGAAUCCAGAUCCACCCACCUCCUCUCGUCUGGCAAGGCAUGCCACAGGACAAUCUGUGCUAAUUAGGCUGCAACAUAGUAUAAAUACAGGUUGGGUAGGCUCUUGCCACGCAUGGGAAAACUGCACGUUUUUAUACAUUGGAAGGAACACUUUGGGAACCAAAAUCAAAUGGAGUAGGAAAUCUAAAAUGACAGUAGAGGCUCAAGUAGAGAAAUAUGGGAGCACAUAAGGCAAAAAAGGGAGCAAAUAUUAAAAACUCCAGAAACACAGCUUAAACAGUGAAUGUUACACUUUGUAUAAAUAACCCCAAUAUUUUUUUAUUAUGGGUCACACAAGAGAUUUCUUGAUAUUAUAUUGCACACCAUAGCCAUUUAUAGAGGAUGUUCUCCUAUGGGGUGUUUAAUAUUAGAGUGUAGAAAAAAAGAUUUAAACUAAGCACUUGAUUGGAUGACAAACUGCAAGUCAUUUUACAAGUCAUAGGUUCAGUGGAAUACAGAACAGCCAAAUAUUGGUAAAGACAGUAAUAUAUCUCUCUCUUGUUUAGUCUACCUUGAUGCUUCCAAACAUGUUUUUCUCAAUGAAAAUUGCAUUCUUUCUCUGUCUUACAACAGCAUUGACUGAACCUAAGAAAAUUAAGUUAUAUUUGUGUAGAAAGGAAGUGUGAAAGUGUUCAUCUUCCCUGUCAACUUGUGCUGAUAUCUGAGCUGUGCCUGCUAGAGAAUUAAUACCUACAUCAUUCAUGUGGAAAUGAUCCUUUUAUAACUGUUUGCCUGUUAAAUGAUCAGGGUACUUCCAUGUCUAGUGUACUCUUGCAUACUUGGAGUCAGUUUCUUACAGAUUCUUGUCUCUCCUCAUCCCCUUCACUGAACAUAAUCUUCCACCACCAUACUCACUGGUAAACCCACUCCAUUCUCCCUCCAAGGUACAAUCAGGUAUUUUUCCACCCACUAUUUAAAAGGUAUUGGUAUAUGUAAUCCAGAUAUUGAUAAGUAAAUUGAAAACAACAGUUUAAACAUCAUAAUAAUAUUUCUACUACACUCCCAAAAUGCUGAUCAGCUUUCUGCAAACAGGAGUCAGACCAGCACACUCUGGGAUCCCUUGGCAAUGCUUUGCACAUAGUUUUAUUAAAACAUUUUUAAGCAAAGUAUGGAUUUUGAGCCAUGUGAACCAUGACGUUGAUCUUCAGAAAGCUGUUACGACCUUGGGACUCAUCAGUGUGGAGCAGGAUGUCCAGCAAAAAAAAUCACUAUCAUUUAUCACAGAAAAUGAAAAGUGACAGUGUUUAUAUGUAUGUGGAAACAUAACAGGGAUUUGCACUCACAAGUUCUUGGUAAAGUGUCUAGGAAGUAUCACCAGCAGAACAUGUCAAGUUGGCAUAAAGUGAGAUACCUUUUACAGGUCUUAAAAAAAAAAAAAAAAGCAAAUUAUAAUAAAUAUAUAGGGAAUAGGGAAUUGUACUCGAAUCAUAAAUCAGUGUUUGUAUGCACGCAUGACCAGCCUUGGAUAGCAAUGAGGCUGAGAGAUCCAUGGUCAGUUUAGCCCAAUGCUUACAGACUAUCACUGCGAGCGAUAUAGGUGAACAUUAUGAAAUGGGAUCAUCCAUGUUAUCUCCGUUAUAUCACACUUUGGGUAUUUAGUGAAACCUGAUUUGUUUUUGUUUGGGGGGGGAGUUGAGGGGGGUUCAAACUGCUCAAAAUUUAUUUUACAGAAACAAAAAAAGUGGUUAUUAAAGUGGCCAUUUAAAUAUGAAAUAUGUGUUAAUCUAUAGGUUUCUCUAAAAUCUAGUCAUGGAUUGUGAUGACCCCUGAAAAUAUUAAAAUAUAUAUGUUUGGCACCACUGUCCUGCAUACUGUAUUUAUAUAUAUAUAUAUAUAUAAUUAGGAUAUCACCUAAUAAAUAUUAUUAUAUAUGUAUGCUUCAUUGAUAUUGCCUACAGUUCUAGAGAAACUGAACAGCUCUUUUCUCCUUUGUGCUUAAAAAAAUAAAAUAAACAUGUGACAAUAAUAAAUUCCACAUUAACCCCUUAAGGACACAUGACAAACAUUUUAUGAGGGGGGGAGGGGGUUAAGAUGCUUGCACUGUUUAUUGAAAGAUGUUUGUGUCUUUAUUUAUUCCCUUUAAGAAGAAGUAAUUUGGAAAAACAGAAAUCUGGCAUAGCACCUAUUUUUCCAAAUGAAUAAAACCAACCAUGUUUCUGGCAUUUGUUCUUUUUUUCUCGAAUCACAUGUAGACCUUUUUAUGACUAAUGAUGUGUUUACCUCCUAAUCUCAAUCCUGAUUUUAUAUACAGAUCAGAUAUAGGUCUGAUCGGUAUCUAAUCUACACAGUGAUCUAAAAUGGGAAACCACUGGUGCUAAUUGUGGGAGCUAUAUUUGUAUAAAUGAGAGGGUAUAUAAUAAUGGAUGUCUGUGUGUGAGCAUGGGGGAUUUGUGUGUUUGUGUGCAGGCUUUUUCGUUCCCUCUUCUUCACUCGUUGUCUGAGGUAAGGGAAGUGUAAAUUGGCGCCUGCUGUUUGUACUCAGGUGAAAAUGAGAUCUGAGACAGAGAAUGGAAAACAAGGGGAAAAGAGAAAUAGUGGGAUGGAGAAUAGGGAAUGCAGGCUGAGGAAGGACCAACUGGGGGGGGCGGGGGGGGAGAGAUGGUGGUCUGGGCGCAUAUACUACACUUACACUCUUGCAUCAGUGCUUCAAACCCCUCAUUGCCUCCUUUCUCACUCCCCAUAUCAACAGCUCUUUUUCUCCACCUUGUUCCUCUCUCACACCUGCUUGCUACAUUGUCUCCUAUACCUUUCUGCUCUGUCUUUGUUUCAGAACUAGUUUACCUCCUCAUUCUCCCUCUCUCUUAUUUAUUCUAAAAUUCCUUUUAUUUUCUCUCAUGUCUUGUCAUUUUCUGCUCUGUCCUGCCUUCUCUUCCACAUCUUGAAUCAUCGUUUCUCCCUCCUUUGCUAAAUGCUUUCACAUCUUGCCCUGCGGUUUCCAUUCCAUGGCAUAGAAGUGUGUGUGUGUGGAGGGUGGGGGGGGAUGGUGGAGGGGGGGGGGGCAGAUGUAAUUGAGGGAGAUCCCCCCCAAGGGGAACAGGAAGGAGGGGGUUGCCUUAAUCCCUUUCACUGCCCCAAGGAGACACACUCUGGACAAGUUCAGGACUUCACUUCAUGUUCCCUUCAUUACUGAAUCGUAUAAUGUCUCUAUCAGGGCUCAGUUUUGUGCGUAGUUCCAAGACACUGUUAUCCUCUCUGCAGAACAUCAUUCCUAGUGUUUCCUGCUUUAUUCUGUAUAAGGUUUGCAUCUGCAGGACAUCACAGAGUAUUUCAACCAUGCAUUCUUUGUGUUUCAUCUUCCCAGUUCUGUUCAUACUUUCAUCCCUGCAGGCCUCUUUAACUGAAGACAAUUUGUCCCAUAUCCUUCCUAUCCAGAAAGCUUCACAUCAGGCAUUCUGCAUGGCCAGUCUCCCCAGCAGAAUAAUGGACCACAGAUCAGCACCCAGCAUGUACUUGCAAUGUUAUUUAUUGUGUGCUCAUCAUAUCUUGCCUGACAUGUGCAAAGCCUCUCUAUUCGUCCUUAGUGUGAUCUGAACAACAUGCAUUCUUGUUAUUUUCUCUUCUCUCUACUUUGUGCCUUUAAAAUCCUCCAAGUACCCCCUCCACCCUGCUCAUUGCUGACUGCAGCUUCUCUCUUCUACUUUCUCCCCUCAUCUCUCCAGAGGCGCUCUCCGCAUUCCCUGCAGGCUGCACUGGACAUGCUGUCCGCUCCUCCCCUUGGACAGCCAGGAUCCAACUUGUAUUUUAAUGAGUCAGAUCCAGCUGGGAAUAAAAUUUUAAUGAGUUUGCUGUGAGUUGCGGUGUCUCUAGCACCAAGGGGAGAACAGCUGCAGCCUGACCCCCUACUCACAAUUGUCUGGCUAAAACAUGUAUAAUUGUGUGCAUCUCUAAUACCUCUUUAACUCUGUGCGUGUCUCUAUGUCUUUAUCUGUAAACCUGUAUUGAUUAAAUCAAAUGUGGAAUUUUAGGCAUAGCUUAUGCGUGCACAAAAUAGAUAUUCUAAUGUAGUGUCAGACUGUGGGUAGUAGGUGCCAUCUUUUGUAAACUCCACCUUGGUAUUCUGUUACAUGCAUACCAUGAUAGGAGAGACCAACAUAUUCAAACUAGGGAUCAUAAACAUAAACUUAGUCCUCUUAAACUAAAGCACCCAGGUAAUGCUGACCUUUUUAAUUUGCAAACGUAGUUGGGUCCUAUCAUCUGCUUGAUGUCAUUCUUAAAGCAGUGCCAUAUACACGUGCACAGAGAAUCACAAGUGCCAUUUGCACUCACACAAAUGCAAACAUUUGGUGGUUUCAUUCUUCAGAAUUGCUAAGAAUCCACAAGAGUUUACGAGGACCAUGCAAAUGGGCAAAGAACUGCAUUUCGGUAGCAUUGCUGUAUUUUUAAUUUUGAUUUUUGCCUAUUUGACCGUCACUGGACAUCUAUAGGAAUAGCCUUGUUUUUUUCUGAGCCAUUGAGCUCGGCUUUCCUUGGCUGACAUCUGUUUCUCACACAUAGAACGUUCCAGUGACAUACUGUAUGUAACACUGUAGUUUAAUCACUAUGCCAAUACUGGAUAAUUGAAUAGGAAACGUUCAGCUAAAAUAUCAUAUCUGGUAAUAUAACAGUCGCAGAAUGUUUCCAGUUUGGUUGUGUUCACCUAAAAUGUGUCUUCUAAUGACCUCACAAGGUGACAUGUCCACUUGUGUGGAGGUAGCCAAGGGAGCAGAUGGGAUGCUACACUUACCUUAAAAGCGUCACUAGCUAGAAACACCGUCUUGCUCGUUGCCAUACUUAUUUUGGCUCCUGGCACCUUCAUCUGCCAGGAGCUGUUCUCACUGUUGUUCUCUUGUGCAAGGCAGAGUCCAACGUCACUCAUGCACAAUAUGGUGGCAUCGACAUCUACUACACAUGGUACAAGGUGAUGCCUGUUCCCAUCAACAAUGGUGAUUUACAGCGUUUGGUGGCAGAAAACUGAAAGAUUAACUAUUCAAUGAGACAAACAGUUUGUUACUUUUUUUUAUGGAUAUCUUUGAAUCGUGUUGUAAUUUUGAGUAAAUAUUUUUUUAGGUUUUGUUUUUGUAUUAAAGAGAGUAAUUUCAGCGCAGUCAAAAAAAGAGUAUUUCAUAAAGAUUCCAUCUUUUAUUUAAAAAAACAAAAAGCCUAAAUGUGACUGAUGCUCCUUAACCCCUUAAGGAAACAUGACGGAAAUAUUCCGUCAUGAUUCCAUUUUAUUUCAGAAGUUGUAUCCUUAAGGGGUUAAUGUAAAUAUUUAUUCAUUUAUAUAUUUGGAAUGUAUAAAUAAUGCUGAAGCCGCGACCCGUUUAGUCAUAUUUUGCCUUUGCACCUAAACCGUGUAUAUAAAUAAGUCUAAACAGGCUUUAUACGUUAGAACAAAGUGGAUUCCACAUCUUAUUAUUGCAUUUGUGGCUUUUGUUACUGAGCUGAUAACACCGUGAACAGGAUGGCAGAGAACUGAAGCUCAUUAAAGUGAUCUACUGGAGUACUCCCUUUUGCUCCUAUUUUUAUACAUAAUCUCCCACUAAAUAAUAAUUAAAUCUGUUAGCUGUUUGGCUGCAGCUGGUAUACAUGGAUGUAUUUCUGGUGUGAAGUUUUUUAUUUAUAUCUGCAGACACUAAUCAUGUCAGAAUUUGCAUUAUUUUUGUUUACGAAAAAACUUUUAUACAUAACCCAAAAAUCUUGGAAUGGUAGAUAUGAAGUGUUUUUACACAGUACAGCAUGCAGCUGACAUUAAACACACACCAUUCUGUUGCCGUGCCAGCUAUAUAUAAGUAGACACAAUAUUUAUCCAGAAUUAUGUGCUCCAUGCUUACUGCCAUCGCAUGUCUAAUCACUAUGCAGCCGUGACCCCUGCUCUCCCAUGUAAUUUAUCAGAGAUCUGAGGGGUCUUCUAAUGAGUAAAGCGUGCCUGUGUUUUCUUAUGAGAAACUCAAGAAUUACCCUAGGGCUCAGCAAGGCAGCUUUCUCUAAUUAGUCCAGGAAAGGGGCUAAGGGAUGGGGUAGAAUGUCACCCCCCUCAUGUGCAUGCAUCCUGAAUACCCUAAUUCUGCUAAGAUACAUACUGUCAUUGCUUUUCUAUGCCACCAAACCUGACAAAGUGAUGCUGGAAAGCAUUCACACAUUGACUAUAUUAUAAAAAAAAAAACCUUGCACACACUGCAGCCGAGAUGUUAUCCCAUCUUUCUAGAAUGAAACGUUUAUCUGUAAGGUUUUGUGUUAGAGUCCAGUUUUCAAAUGUUCUUCUGCUUUCUUUUUCUUUCAGGAAAGAAAGCUGAGUGCUCACCCUUAUGUUGAGAUAUAUAAAGGAGACAAGAUUAUAUUCAUGUGCCCACUGUCUCGACAGAAUGACUUUUACGUGCCUGAGAUGAAAGAAUUGAUGAGAAAGGAAAAAGGAGAGGAAAGCUUGCCGGAUAGCGCAGGUAUGAUACCUUCAACUUUCUAGCGUUGGAUGCCGGCCCUUCUCCAAUACAUGUGACCAAUCUGCUGCACUGAUGUAUCUGCUAGAAACUAUUACCUGUUUCGUGAGGAUAACUUUGUUUCUUUACCUCUUUAUUUGGAACGGAAUGUACUUUUAAAGAGAAGUGCAAUUUUACUCUGUGAUGUAGGUUAAAGGGGUUCUUAUAGGUACACAGAUCAAUGAAAAGGAACAGGGACAGUAAACUUUAAAACACACUGGAAGUAUAUAGCAAACCUAUAGCUUUACAGAAACAUGCAGGUACUUUAGAUUUAGUCACACAAAAAACACUUUUUCAGAGUGUUGAAUUAAAGGGACAAUAAUGCUUUCCUAUUGGGAGGUCUAAUAAUGUCCGCGCGCGCAUUGGGUCUCCCCCGCCUGCUGACAUCGGUGGGGGAGGAGCGUGGGCGGAGCCUGACCCAGCGCCGAGGGACAUCAGUGACUUAUCUGAAACCAGCGCCGAAGGGGUUUUAACCUCUUCAGCAACAUGGGAUGGGGGAUGGGAGGGAGGGGACACUGCAGAUUCCUGCAGGGCAAGGAAAACGGGUUUGUUUUCCUGGCACUGGAGAUUCCCUUCGAGCAGUUUUAGUGUAUAAAUCAGCAAUUCCCAAACUAUGUGCCAGGGCGCCGCGACAGGCACACAGGGACGCCAAAUAUGUUUACCCAGUGCUAUUAAUAUAGUACCAAGAAACAUUUCUGCUGAACAGGGGCUGGGUCACGCACCGCGGCCCUAUAAGACCGCGACCGGGCCCCUGUAGUGUUGGCCUGUCACUUCGUCCUAGCUUUGUGCAGGGAGACAGCGAGAGGGGGAGGGGAGAGGAGAAGGAGCACGAGCACAACGAACUGCUCCAAACUACUCACUCCCAUCAGCUAGCAGUAGGACCAGAACUCUAAUCAAGCCACCCUACUGGACACAGAAGGUGAGAUAACAGGAAGGUGACUGGAGAUAUAAAAAAAUAUCACUUGUAUGUGUUUCUAUCCGAUUGUGUGUGUGUGUCUGUCUGUAUGUGCGCACACAUCUGUGUGUUAUUGUAUGCGCAUGUGUCAGUGUUUGUAUGUCAACGUGUGUAUCUGUUUCAUAGUGUGUGCAUGUGUCAGUGUUUACAUAUUUUAUUUUCCAUAAGAUGUUAACUUGCUUUUGAAUUUUUUUUAAUCUCAUUCAAGUCACAGGAGUUGUGUCUAGAGCUGGAUAAACAAAGCGAUUUAACUAAUAAAUAACAGAGAAUUGAGCAGUGACAUGCAGGGGCAUGGUCUGUACACCAAAACUGCUUCAUUAAUCUAACAUUGUUUUGGUGCCUAAAGUUGUUCAAGUAUCCCUUUAAAUUGCAACUCCUACAGUUAUCCCUUAAGCCCUGGGGCCUACUUCCUCUGUGGCCACAUGCUCCGAAAUAUGCUUGAGUCUGCUGGACUCUCUCCUCAUUUAAAGUUGCUCACUAAUGAUACAGAGCUUGUGGAUAUGCCAUCCAAUAUUUAAAAACAAAGAUGGAAAUCGCAUCUAAAACUAAAUUGGACGGAAAUUUUACAAUUCUUAUAUAAGGGUGGAGUUAGGAGAAACAUCGAUAUGGACCAAAAAAUGCAUGUUUGUGGACUGGAACAAACUACCUGAUGCUAUUUUACAUACCUGCUUGCCCCAUCUAGACAGCAGUGACUUUCAGCGAGGCUCUGGUCAACAUUUUGGCAGUGUCUCGCCGCUCCUGCACUGAUAAAUGCUGGGAUCAAGUCAAGAAUUCCAAUGACUUUCCUGUAUACAAUCAUUCACUGCAUGCUGUAAGCAAAUCAUAGCGGAGUCAUGGAAAAUAUGUUGUUAGUAUGUGCAAUAAAAAGCACAUACUAUCGAAUUCCCAUAUUAGGUGCAUUAUAGGGUUGUAUUAAAAAAAAAAACCUUCAGUUUAUUAUUCUUUAAGAAGUCCUAGGUCCCUCUGACCUCAUAGAAAAUCACAUACAUAUUACAUAAAUAUACAUAUUCUGUUUUCAGAAGUGCAUGUUUGUUGGUGCAUUUCAGGCCUUUCUAUACAAGAGCUGGCUUUCUGUACAAGAAGUUUAAGUUUUGGUGUCUCCUGAAGUUAUUGUAAUUGCUUUGUUGGUGUGUGUGUGUGUGUGUGUCUCCUACUUGUUAUCCUUCUUCCCACAGUCUAUAUUGGGAAAUGAUAUCUCUGUUUCCAGAUUGUAUUCUGGAAGCUCUCCCCUGCCCUCAUGAUGGGAGGUCUGGGACAUGGCACUGCCAGGAUGGCAGAUCCAGUCCUCAAGCUGUGUCAGGCACAAUUAACAUUAUUUUACACUUAAUGAUUCCCUGGAGGUUCGUCAUCAGCCAUGGGCAGCACCAGCUGUCACUGUCACCUCAUCGUGUGAUGCUGCCCUCUACUCCCAGCUCUGGGCACUCACUGCCAGCCAAGGUCAUUACUAGUUCUGGUAGUUAGGAAUCUGCGUGAGGCCCAUAUUUGGUGUAACGUGCAGGCGGAGGGCAGGACAGUGAGCUGACACCCCUCAUCCUCUCCCUCUAUUAUUAUCUUUGUGUGUUAUUAAGCAGCUGGGAUCUGACGCACGCCAAGGGGUGGGGGGCAAAAUAAAUGGCAUGUUAUAAUCUGCUGGGCAGGGGGCACACCUGCGACACAGAGUGGGUGUACGAAAAAGAGACAGGAAAGUGAGACUGUUCUAAAGGAGAACAUCAAGAUACUGGUAUUAUAGAGGGGGAGGAAAGAGACAUAAAGACACUGAUACACACAGGCUGAAGCAUUUGUAUUUGAAGAGAGACUAAAAAUGCAGCAUUUAACUUGAUAAAAUACACUGAGGGUGGAAGGGGCAUGAAAACAAGAUUUGAAAAGCAUGGGGUAGGAGCCUAGCAGUUCAGUAAAAGCAGAGACUGAGACAGUAAAAUAAUAGACUUGUAUAAAGAAAGAUUAAAAAAGAAUUAUGUGGAAAGUAAUACGGGUGCUUUAGUGCCCACAUUGAAAGUUAAGACUGUUUAGAAAGUGUCAGCACAAUAAGUAUAUCUGUAUAUAUUUGUGCCUAAGGGGGACUUUCCAAAGUACAACUUGAAAUAUGCAGGUGAUGUGCAACAAGUGUUCUUGGUCUAACCACAAACCUUUUAGUAUAUAUAUGCUCUCAGAGAAACUUCAAGUUCCAGACCAGAACCAGAGCCAUGCUGACGAGACUCACAAGGUUAAAACUGUACAGUCCAUGGUUGGUUUUUAGUCCCUGGUCCUUUUGGAUCAUGACCAACAUUAUCAUUAUAAAGAAGAGCUGUGCAUUUAAUACCAUAUCCAUUGCUAUUACAUAUAUGUGUCUGUUGUGCAUCACCUCUACAUCUCAAGGUGGACUUUGAGAAGUCCUCCUUGGGCACAGAAACUCAAGAAAUGAUCUUUUUACAAUUAUCCAAGAGUUCCAUCUCAGAACCAGUGCCAUCCCGGUAAGACCCUCAAGGUCCACGUCCAUGACUUGUUUCUGGUUAAUGAUCCUUCUUGGAUUAUAAAGCCCAUGCUUUGGUUUGAAGGAACACUAUAGUGUAUAGGAAUCUUAACGCUGUAGUGUUCCCCUAUCUAUUUUAAGGAAUGCCCCCCGCCCUCCCAUAGGGGUAUUAGAGGUGAGUAUUGCUGAGGUCAUGAGGAAUGAUGAUUUCAGCCAAUCCAAUGCUUUCCAUAGGGGAAUAGUGCACAUGUACGGUAAAUUGCGUCAAGGCUCCAAUCAAAUGCUGCUCCAGGAGCAGCAUUUCAUUAAUGCAGAGUCUGACUCAGUUCUCAUAGAAAAGCGCCACUAGUGGCUGUCAAUAAGGUAGUCACUAUAGGUGUGCUAAAACUAAAGGGCCACUGCACACAGGCCAUAUCAUCUCAAUGAAAUCUAAACUGCAGUCAGUGUAACACAUUACUGUUUAGUAGACACCGCAAUGUUAUGAUCGCAGGGCUUAACACACCUGCAAUCUCUUCUGUUAAGUAAACAAGUUAGACUCGGUUAUUCAAUCAAAUGUUUGAUGCGGAGUAACAUUUUGCCUCAUAUGCACACUAGUCUCUGGAUGCUUCCUUGUGGUGGCUGUGGUGAAACCAGUGCGGCAAGGGGGUAAAGGUAAGGUAAUAACUACCUUUUUAAAACCCUCAUAGUUGUGCCAGACACGUAGAUAGGUAGGGUAACACCUUUGAUACACCCCUACAUAUGAGACAGUUGCACAUAUACCAUAAAUGGCAACCAAUCAAGGGUUAAAGUGUUCAAUCCUUUGUACAUGGCAUAUCAGCAGGAGUUUGAGUAGGCCCAACUAUGGCUGCAUUUGACAAAGUAUUCUAUAUAUUUAAAACCAAAAUAUGUCCUGGCUGCAAGGGGAGUGGGGAAUAGGGGAAAAAGCCACUCUUAAACAUCUAAACAUAUAAUGCGGGCACGGUGGAGCAGCAAUGAAAAACUCUUAGUAACGUGAAUGUGGGAAAAAUCUCACUUGAAUGGUAAAAGGCAUGAUGGGAUGCUUUUCUUGAUGUAUUUUCAACCCAGGAACAUGUAGUCAUUAAAAACAUACAUCGUGAGCCUAACCUGUGUGAUACCUUUCUCUAAAAUAUGUGCAUAACCCUUUUUUCCUAAAAGAAAAAAAUAUAUAAAUGUUUAAGAUGGAGAGUGUUGUGUAUGCGUGUAUGUGUAUGCUGCAACUAGAACAACAUUGCAAAGGUAAACAGACAGGAACACUGCAUCCAGACCACUUCAAUAAGAUGUAGUGAUCCGGGUGCCUAUUGUGUCCCUUUAAAGAGAGUGUUUUUUAUGCAAUAAAAAGGCAUAGAGUAUGGGUUGAUAGCUGGUAAAUAGUGCGUGUUUGUCAUCUGGAUCACUCUCAGGGUUUGUGCUGUGUAUCAUGUGAGUCUGCUUGGGUAUUGAUUGAUUGUAUUUAAUUCAGUGAAAAAGCUUGUUUUAAUCAAAUAAUUGGUUCAAUUUUUAAUAUCCUAAGAAGGUGAAUACAUUAUUUAAUCUUGUGGGAAACAAAUAGGCUUAUUUUAAUCUGGUGCAAAGCCGUGUACUAUUCUAAUCUCAUGAAUAGUCAUCGGUCUGUGGUAUCAGGCCCUUCGGGACUCAUGGUAUAUUUCCUUCGAUCACUAAUCUUGCAUCAGAUGUAAUUACCUUAACAAAAGUGACAUCUCGAUACAUCCUUUUCGAGUUAUGUUUUUGAAGGGGCUUUGAAGGUACCUUUUCAGAUCUGUGUGGCUUUUUAUAAAUGUAUUUAUUUUCCCAAAUAGAUAUAUUUUUCCUUUUUAUCUUUAUAAUUUAAACCUUUCCAUCAUAAUAAAAAAAAUAUAUAUAAAAUCUUAUUUAUACAAAACAAAAUAGAAGAUAUUCAGACAACUCAGCAGAUAUUUUUCAAAUCGUAUAUUCAUUUUCGUAUGAAAAGUGCUUAAUUCUCAUUCCUAACCUGUUUUACGUAAUUGUAUUUCUUUUGUUGUCUGCUUUUCUCAUUAUGUCUUCUUCAUCCAAUGCAGAGACUGACCCUAUGUUACCAGAGGAAUUAAUGAGUCUGGAGCUGGUGUCUGAGAACCCUGAGGAAACAGGAGAUGGAUCCCAGCAGAAAGAACACAUGGAAAGCGAGAAGAGCCACAGCGAGUCUGGGGCAAGCUGCUCCUCUUUUGAAGAACUGGAAACAGAUGCAUGUGGGUCUGCCGGAAAGGCUCAACUGGACACUAAAGCCAAAUGGAGUGAAAUGCCCGAGACCUGGGAAAAGGCGAAACCAGAGGAAUGA